AUGGCCGGCAUGGCUAUUAGUUUGACGGCUGUCCAGCAGUGGCUCCCCAACGCUCCUCUUCGCGAGAAAAUCACGGCGGAGGUCUUGUCGGGCAAGAAGAAGAUGUGUUUGGCCAUCACCGAGGCAUUUGCGGGCAGUGACGUGGCUGGUCUUCGUACCACGGCCGAAAAGACUCCCGAUGGCAAACAUUAUAUUGUAAACGGCACCAAGAAAUGGAUCACUAACGGCAUGUUUGCCGACUACUUCGUCACGGGCUGUCGCACGGAGAAGGGAUUCUCGGUACUUCUCAUUCCGCGCGAUGAGAACGUGGAGACCAAGCAAAUCAAGACUUCCUACUCGACCACCGCAGGUACGGCGUUCGUUCAGUUUGAGAAUGUCAAGGUCCCCGUGGAGAAUCUGCUGGGUGAGGAGCACAAGGGUUUCAUUGUCAUCAUGAGCAACUUCAACCACGAGCGGUUCAUGAUGGCCAGUGGUGUGAUUCGCAUGUCGAUGACCGUGGUCGAAGAGUGCCUGAAAUGGUGCAACCAGCGCUUGGUCUUUAACAAGAAAUUGAUCGAGCAACCGGUCAUGCGACAAAAGCUCGCCCGGAUGAUCUCUCUCUGUGAGUCUAAUCAGGCUUGGUUGGAAUCCAUUGCUUUCCAGAUGUGCAACAUGACGUAUACCCAGCAGGCCGCGAACUUGGGUGGGCCGAUUGCUCUGCUCAAGUCGCACGCCACUCGGUCGGCGCAGGAGAUCGCUGAUAUGGCCACCAACAUCUUCGGCGGUCGUGGAAUCACCCAGAGUGGCAUGGGCAAGGUCAUCGAGAUGUUCCACCGCACUUACAAAUUUGACGCCAUUCUGGGUGGAACGGAGGAGAUUCUGGCCGACUUGGGAGUGCGGCAGGCAAUGAAGAAGUUCCCCAAGGCCAUGUUGUAA